CGCACUUCGGAGCUGCCGACCGGAAGCGGUGGCCGCGCGCUCCCGGUUCCCGCUUCCGCCGCCCGGUUUCCCUCUUUCCCCGCGGCUCCCCCGCGUCCCUUCGCCGCUGCCAUGUUUCUCACACGCUCCGAGUACGAUCGGGGUGUCAACACUUUCUCUCCAGAGGGGAGGCUCUUCCAGGUGGAGUAUGCCAUCGAGGCCAUCAAGCUUGGCUCCACAGCCAUUGGGAUCCAGACCUCAGAGGGGGUUUGCCUGGCUGUGGAGAAGAGGAUCACCUCCCCCCUGAUGGAGCCCAGCAGCAUUGAGAAGAUUGUGGAAAUCGACUCCCACAUUGGCUGUGCCAUGAGUGGGUUGAUAGCUGAUGCCAAGACCCUGAUUGAUAAAGCUCGAGUGGAGACCCAGAACCAUUGGUUCACCUACAACGAGACCAUGACGGUGGAGAGUGUCACCCAGGCGGUCUCCAACCUGGCCCUGCAGUUCGGAGAGGAGGACGCAGACCCCGGGGCCAUGUCCCGGCCCUUCGGGGUGGCUCUGCUCUUCGGAGGGGUGGACGAGAAAGGUCCUCAGCUGUUCCACAUGGACCCCUCGGGGACCUUUGUGCAGUGUGAUGCCAGAGCCAUUGGCUCUGCCUCAGAGGGGGCCCAGAGCUCCCUGCAGGAGGUUUACCACAAGUCCAUGACCCUGAAGGAAGCCAUCAAGUCCUCCCUGGUGAUCCUGAAGCAGGUCAUGGAGGAGAAGCUCAAUGCCACCAACAUCGAGCUUGCCACCGUGGAGCCUGGCCUGAAGUUCCACAUGUACACCAAAGAGGAGCUGGAGGAGGUCAUCAAGGACAUCUGAGGAGGAGGGGGAGGGGGAAGGAGGCUCCCCCUGAGGCUUGUCCCAUCCUGACCCAAGCCACCUGGGCCCAGUUCCCCCCUGCCAGCUGUGCUCUUUGGGUGGUUUUCUUCCCCAGCAGGGGCUGAGUGCUCUUCUCCAGGGGCUCAGAGAGGGUUUUUUACAGUUGCUGGACAGAGCUGAGCUCCACCAGGAGAGGAGGAGGCAAUAAAGCAG